UUUCUUUUAGUUCAUUUCGAUUCCGCCUCUUACCCUAAAUUUAUUCAAUAAUUUCCUCAUCAUAUCUCUUCAUAGCAAAGAUCUCAAAGAAACCUACCACCUUUUUUUUUUUAUUCUUAGCAACGUAAAUAUGGGGCUGAGGGACAUUGGGGCAACACUGCCUCCUGGGUUUAGGUUCUAUCCCAGCGAUGAGGAAUUGGUCUGCCAUUAUCUCUACAAGAAGAUAACCAACGAGGAUGUGUUGAAGGGUACUUUGUUGGAGAUUGAUUUGCAUACAUGCGAGCCAUGGCAGCUUCCUGAGGCGGCAAAGUUGAACGCAACCGAGUGGUACUUCUUUAAUUUUCGAGACCGAAAGUACGCGAUCGGAUUCCGUACGAACCGGGCAACCACAUCCGGUUACUGGAAAGCGACGGGGAAGGAUAGAACGGUGGUCGACUCAAGAACUCAAGAGAUUGUAGGGAUGAGAAAAACUUUGGUGUUUUACCGGAACCGAGCUCCGAACGGAAUUAAAACGGAUUGGAUCAUGCAUGAGUUUCGGCUUGAGUCCCCACAUAUGCCCCCCAAGGAGGACUGGGUUCUAUGUAGAGUGUUCCACAAGAGCAAAGAAGGAGAGAACAGCACCAGGCUGAGCUCCCAAAUGAUGUUGGAGCCCUCAGUUCAUGCCCCUUAUUUAACCGACCAUACAACUAUGGCUUGUUGUGGGUAUUUACCCACCAAACCACCCCAUCAAGACCAUGGCCAAAGCUUGCUGAACCUGCUUCAACAUAACUCCCAUCACGAAAAAAACAACUGCGACAACGACAUCAACAACAAUAAUCGAUGCAUCAAUGAAAUCAGCUCGAAUUUCGAUGAUGAUUACAAGUUCUUGUGGGAUAUGAACAUGGAUGAAAACAGCUUGGGUGUUCAUCAUCAUGAUCCUCAUGAGUUUCUUCAUGGUGUGGCUUCCAACGCGGACGACAUGAGAUUCGGGAUCGAUAAUAAUAUGAUUUUCUUGUGAAGUUUAUUGAGUACAAAGAGGAAAAUAAACAAGGA